UAUGGCCGCCUCCAUGGGACGGCUUAUCUUACAAUCUGACUGGGAUCACGUUUUGCGAAAAGCGAACGAAUCAACGUGGAUAACGUUUAAAACAGAGAUUCCUCCGAGUACUCAAGGUAAACUGACUUCCCAGGGAGCUUCGUCAGAAGGCAUUCCGUACGUCACCGCGUCUGAUGGAUUUGCUGUCCAGGAAGUUACAAAGAAAUCAAUAUCAGUGACGUAUAAAAAAGAUGCUAUUGACCUCACCAGGACAUUUUUGGCACCCCAACUCACUUUUUCAACUAUACACACACCUGGAAAAACAAUAUCUUGUAUAGACACUACACCUGGAGGACUUGGGGUGUCAGCUGACAGUCUGGGGAGGUUAAGGAUCUGGCAGACAAGUAAUGGAGAUAUCCGGAGAGAGCUAGAGGGUCACCUUGGAGAUGUGUACACGUGUCGAUUCUUUCCCUCAGGAUUGGUGGUACUAUCGGGGGGUGCUGACAUGCAGCUCAAGGUCUGGUCAGCCGAGACUGGCAAGUGUGGGGCAACACUGAUUGGACACAGAGCAGGUAUCCUAGACACUGCUAUUGUUGAACGUGGACGGAAUGUUGUCUCCUGUGGACGAGAUGGUACAGCGCGUCUCUGGAAUGUAGGGCAGCAGACAUGUCUGGGUAUUUUCUCCGAGUGUGGUGGGGAAGUGAACAGUUGUAGUAUCGGAAUUCCUGCUGAAUCCUGUGGGAACCUAGGACAACCAGAAUCUCCACCAAGUGACAGAGAAAUUUUCACGGAAGGCAAGUUAUUGUUGCUGGGCUGUGAAAACAGGACUUUACAAGGCUAUGGUCUGCAGAGUCGCAAAAAGGUUUUUAGCCUGCCGACACAUGAUGCUGUCAACUGUUGUUGUCACCUGUCAGAUGUGAGUGGUGUAUGUGGGACACAGGACGGACAUGUGACUGUGGUGGACUACAGAAAUGUCAGAGUACCAUUAAAGGAAUGGAAGGAUACAAGAGGACCGAUCCUUUCCCUAUGUCCAUUGUCUCAGGGUUUCAUCUUCACAACAGGAGAUGGCUCGUGUUGUUAUGUGAACUCAGAGGGAGAGACAGCCAUCGAGUUGACAGGCUCCGACUGUGAUCCGCUGUAUGGAGUGUCGUCUGAUGGUAGCCAUAUGUAUACAUGUUGUAGAGAUGGACUCAUUCGUAAAUACAAUCUCUCUCAUGCCGCUCUGACUUCAUGACAUUGGAAAAACUUCACUGUGAAGGACUCAUUUAUAAAUACAAUCUUUCUCAUGCUGGUCUGACUUCAUGACAUUGGAAAAACCUCACUGUGAUGGACUCAUUUAUAAAUACAAUCUCUCUCAUGCUGGUCUGACUGCAUGACAUUGUAAUACAAUAGUUGCAUGGGGGGGUCUUUACAACUAUGUCCUUACUAAUGAUUUGCUGCUAUACAAAAUUAUUCAAAUAUAUAUAUUCUAUCUUUAUUACCGUUUAUGAUUCGUAAAUUUGAUAUGAACACCUCAAAUGCUGUAAGUGGUGUACAAAAGUGUAUGAAACCCAGAUGUGGUACAUGUAAGAUUCUUAUUGUGUGUAAAAACUAUACUUUUGUAAAUGACUCAAAAAUAGAAAUAAGAUCUAAUAUUACAUGUAAUUCUAAAAAUGUUAUUUACACUUUAAUAUGCAAAUCAUGUGGUGAAUUUUAUGUUGGCCAAACUGAGUAUUAGAAUUAAGAUUGCAUAUGAAUGUACAUUGACAGCAAAUUAAAGAUGAUGACUUGAGAUUUUUAACCAGUGUUCUCGGAAUGAUGUUAUGUUUUACCUGUUUACAAGUUAAAUAGUGAUGAUGUAGUUACAAGAGAGUUAUACCCCGUUAUAUCAAAGCAACAUACAAAUAAAAAAGAGUUCGAUCAGUCCUGAAGAAGCCUGAGAGGGCAGAAAGGCCUUGCGGCAAAGUCAUGUUUUUUUGUUAUUUAACUUGUACCUGUGCUCACAUGUGAUUAUUAUUUUUAUCAGUUUUUUCACCAAUUUUGAAGAUCAAUUUAAGAUACAUGACAAUUGUACAGUUGAGUGUAAGCUAACCUUUACACCUUACAGUGCACUAGUAGUGCACUACAUUUAAACUUCAGGUAAACUAGUAGUGCACUACAUUUAAACUACAGGUAAACUAGUAGUGCACUACAUUUAAACUUCAGGUAAACUAGUAGUGCAACUACAGGUAAUUAUAAACUACUAGUGCCUACAUUAUAUAAACUAGUAGUGCACUACAUUUAAACUACAGGUAAACUAGUAGUGCACUACAUUUAAACUACAGGUAAACUAGUAGUGCACUACAUUUAAACUACAGGUAAACUAGUAGUGCACUACAUUUAAACUACAGGUAAUUAUAUAAACUGGUAGUGCACUACAUUUACACUACAGGUAAACUAGUAGUGUACUACACCCUAAGAGGCGAUGAACAGCAAAAUCCCCAUACAGGUAAUGGGCAGUACCCAAGGCUACCUGUGAUUUUUACCUGUAAUGUAUCUAUAAGGCUAUCUAGCAGUUAUAUUCAAAGAGUUAUCAAAAAGGUUUUGGAAGUUUAGUUUGAUGUUAUAUUUCAACCUUUCUAUUCUUGUUAAUUAUACACUGUAACUUAGUUAAGACAGAUUUACUUUAUAAAUCCUUUAACUAAGUUAAAUUGUUAAAACCAAGUUUAAUUUAUCUUUUGGUACUUUAUAUUUUGUAUUGAUUAAUCAGUUAUAUACUUCACAUGUUCAAUUCCAGUAAUUUUGUAAUCAUCACAUGAAAGUAUAUACAUGUAAUAAAACAUUUGAAAACAA